CGACAAUUCAGAACGUCAUUAGUGCAAUUCCGAUUGACCGUGUAGGGUCCCCUUAUAAAAAUUAAAUAUUUUUAUUCCAACUAUAACUAAGUCGAUUUCAACUUUUACCGAAAUAAUUGAAAAAACAAAACAAAACUAUGUUCUUAAAUAUUCAAUAAAUAAUAUAUUCCUAUUUAUUUCCUAACCAAAACACAUAUGUAUCGUAUAGAAAUCAAUAAUUUACAAUUGUUAAUUUCGACAAUCGUUAACCUUAAAAGGUUAGGGUAUAUAAAAUGAAACAUGGGAAGACAUGCUUGACUACGGAGUCACUUCUUGCAUCUACGCACAGGAAGAGGUGGUUAUAAGAUAAAACCAUCUCACAAAAUAUGGAAAAACGUUCACGGAGUUUCAUCAUUUGCUUCUUCGCUUUUCUUGGGAUGGUUGCCUCGGAUGGGACGGAAAUCGAAUUGGAAGAUGUCGAAGAACCUCCCUCCCUGGGAGAUGAAGAGGCGGCUUUCGUGGCCUCGGCACUCCAUACUGGGUGCGCGGGUGACAUUUUCAACCCUUGUCCAGGCCACGCCACUGGAAUCGCUGGAGAAGCCUUCGCCGAUCUCAUUAACACGAUCCUUCUAUCCAGUUGCCUCUUAUCACCUCCUUGCGCCUACCCUCCCAACGUCGGUGACAACUGUAUCUCGAAAACUAUUUUCGACUUCAUAGUGAUCGGAGGAGGGACAUCAGGUAGCGUUGUGGCGUCAAGACUCUCGGAAGUUGCGGAUUGGAACAUCUUGCUCUUGGAGGCUGGGGGCGAUCCGCCCAUGACUUCCGAUGUACCCCUCUUCCACAUUAACCUCCAGAGAACGGACAUUGAUUGGAAUUUCUUGACGUCGAGGGAAGUUGGGCUCUUUAAUGGCCUUAUGGGGAGAGUCAACAGAUGGCCGAGAGGAAAGACUUUAGGUGGAACGAGCGCUAUGGGAAGCAUGCUCUAUAUCCGGGGACACCGAAGGGACUUCGACAAUAUAGCUGCUAAGGGAAACGUCGGCUGGGCCUACGACGAUCUCCUUCCUUACUAUCUCAAGUCAGAAGAUAUGCGCGAACUCGCUAAACUCGACAGUCCUGUGUUUUCUUCUUUUCACAAAAGUGGCGGCCCCCUAACCAUCAGUCGCUUUGGACCGACGGUUCCAAUCGUCGAGAUGCUCCAAAAGGCCGCUUCAGAACUCGGAGCUUUCCCGAAUGGCGAUUUAAACGUCCAAAACAUGCCUGGUAUGGCAUCGCCUAAUGUAGGAACCGUUCGCAAUGGCGAAAGGGUCAAUACCGCUAAAGCUUUCUUGAGUCCUGUAAGAGCUAGAAAGAACUUAUUUGUCAUCAAAUACGCUCGAGUCACGAAAAUUCACAUCUGCCCACAGACAAAAAGAGCCUACGGAGUAGAAUACGUUUAUAGAACUGAAACAGCGGCUAGAACCCUGCGUACUUCUCGUGAAAUCAUUGUUUGCGCAGGCGCAGUCAAUUCACCCGUUUUGUUGAUGCUCUCAGGAGUAGGUCCGAAAAACGAUUUGGAGCUAAACAACAUCUACGUCAUUCAAAAUUUGAGAGUUGGAAGAAAUUUGCGUGAUACGGUGACCUAUCCGCUCAUGUUGACGAGAUUGAAUUUUCAGAACGAGUCAGUUUCUCCUUUAGAAAGUUUAGAUGCGGCCUAUGAAUAUCUGACAAGGCGGACUGGUCCUCUUGCUGGAAUAGGUAGCGAAGAACUCGUAGGAAUGGUGAGCAAUGACGAAGACGAUUACCCGGACAUCCAAUUGCGUUUCAUAUAUGCUCGAUUUAAUGAAACGGAAGUAAUAACAGAUUUGUCAAAAGCCCAUGGAUUCGAAGAGGAGAUUGUCGUGGGCCUUUUAGAAAAACUGAAAUAUCACGAUCUUAUCAUUACCCAAAUGUCACUGUUACGCCCUCAUAGUGUAGGAACCAUCAGGUUGAAGUCUAAUGAUCCAGAUGGCGCACCUUUGAUCAUAUCUAAUUACCUGGAACACCCUAAAGAUUUUACUGAACUAAUGUAUGGGAUUCGGUUUAUAGAAAAACUCGUCAACACCAAAACAAUGCAUAAGUACAAUGCCAGUAUGGACUAUGUAGAUUUCGCUGGGUGCUGUGGUAUACCAUACGGUUCCGAUUAUUAUUGGUCGUGCGCGUUUAGCCACAUCGCCGGGACAGGGCACAACCAAAUCGGGACCUGCAAGAUGGGUCCUUGCGAAGAUCCAGACGCCGUGGUGGACCCCCAGCUGAGGGUGCACGGCAUCCACGGCCUGCGGGUGGCCGACGCCAGCAUCCUCCCGUCCAGCGUCACCGGAUCCACAAUGGCCACUGUCAUCAUGAUCGGCGAGAAGGUGAGCGACAUGAUCAAGUACCAAUGGAUCCCCAACUACAAGCCCGUCUUCUUCACACGCUCCCCUUACCCCAAACGUACGACCAUGAUGCAUCCAAAACAUCACAAAUCUGUUUAUGAAAGGGAGCCAGGAUCUGCAAACGUAUAACCUUGAAUAUACAAUAAAGUAUAUUUUAUGAAAGCAUAUUCUCUAUUUAUAGAUAUUUUCCUUCAAAAGGUAAAUGAAAAGUUCAUCAUAAUCUCAGUAUGAUCUGAAAUUCGAUAUCGUUUUAUCACCAUUCUUACCGUCCCAUAAUAUGAAAUAUUAUUCUUGAUAUAUGGGAUUCUCAAUAAAGAAAUUAUAAUUGCCUCUUCGUAACUACCCCAUUAAUAGUGUCCAACAAACAGCCUCGCGUUGCAUGUAAAAAGAACAUUUAUCCGAAGCCACUAUAAUGUCUAUACGUGUUGUUUAUAUCGUAUAUGUAUAUAUAAAUAAAAAAAAC